AUGGCGCAGCGGGCUGAGUGUCCUAGGCCUCCCGUCGGGAACUCUCCAGCGGACCGGCGACGCAACGACCCCGAUCUCGGUGGACCAAAUGAUGGACGACAGGAGCCGGACAAGAAAAGGAAGAAAGCGGCGACAGAAGGUCAUCAGCCAGGAGUAGCAGAUAACAUCAAGCAACUUCAUCCCAACGCUCUGUACGUCUCUGAGUCUGAGUCCACGGACGACGUGGUGGAAGAGAAUGGUUUGCGCCACCGGCUUACUCGUGCUUUCGGCUGGGUGAAAGAGAAAGUGCCAUUCGCUCGUCUGUUUGGUGUUGUCAAGACGACUGUCGUCAUGGCAACGUUGAUUAUUGUCCUGGUGCAUAUCAACUCUCCACACCCUGGAUUUCAGACGGUUCGUUGUUUCGCCCGUCUGAAGGAGGAACACCCUGACAACCGCUCAACGCUUGUCACACGUCUGAAGGAGGAACACCCUGACAACCGCUCAACGCUUGUCGCCCGUCUGAAGGAGGAACACCCUGACAACCGCUCAACGCUUGUCGCCCGUCUGAAGGAGGAACACCCUGACAACCGCUCAACGCUUGUCACACGUCUGAAGGAGGAACACCCUGGCAACCGCUCAACGCUUGCCACACGUCUGAAGGAGGAACACCCUGACAACCGCUCAACGCUUGUCACACGUCUGAAGGAGGAACACCCUGACAACCACUCAACGCUUGUCACACGUCUGAAGGAGAAUCACCCUGGCAACCGCUCAACGCUUGUCACACGUCUGAAGGAGGAACACCCUGACAACGAAUCAACGCUUGUCGCCCGUCUGAAGGAGGAACACCCUGACAACCGCUCAACGCUUGUCACACGUCUGAAGGAGGAACACCCUGACAACCGCUCAACGCUUGCCACACGUCUGAAGGAGGAACACCCUGACAACCGCUCAACGCUUGUCACACGUCUGAAGGACCAAGUAUUGACCCUUGAAGAACAAGAAUCGACACUUCAGGAACACCGCAACAGCCUACAGAACAACUUGAACGUAUCCGCCAACUUCGAGCACAUCCGUGCACAGAACCACCGUUUGUCGACCCUUGAAGAACACAUCAAGAACGGCUCAUCUUUGGUUACCCGCCUUGAAGGCCAAGUCUCGGCCCUCGAAAAACGCCUUGACGACCACUCAGUACUAGACGGGCGAGUCUCAAGUCUUGAAGAACACAUCAAGAACCGCUCAGCUCUGGUAAUCCGCCUUGAAGACCAAGUCUCGACCCUCGAAAAACGCCUUGACGACCGCCCAGUGCUAGGUGGCCGAGUAUCAAGCCUUGAAGAACAUCUCAAGACCCGCUCCGCACUGAUCAGUCGUCUGGAAGAGCAAGUCAACAACCAAGAAGAACGUCUCGGGAAGAACGUCACAGGUCUAGUCCUCCGUCUAGGAGACCAGCUAUCGACCCUUGAGAAACGCCACGAGGAAGACCGUGAACGAAACACUCGUCUUCAAGAUAAAGUAUUGAAGCUUGAAGACCACCUUGCCAACCGCUCAGCUAUGGACACCCGUCUAAAAGACCAAGUAACAACCCUUAAAGAAGGCACGAAGAAAGGUCGUGAAAGAAACGAUCGUCUGAGGAAACAAGUAACGACCAUGGAAGAACGUCUCAGCAGCCAAGCAGAGCUGGUCAGCCGUCUGAAAAGCCAAGUAUCUACGCUUGAAGACCACAGCGGGGACGGCGUAGCACAGGCAAGACGUCUACAAGGCCGACUUUCAACUCUUGAAAAACGCCUCAACAACAGACGUGCGCAAAACGCUCGAGCCCACAACUUCAAGGCCCGCUCUGCCCUGAUGAAACGCCUACAGAGCCAGGUAUCGGUACUGGAGACGCAGCUCAACCUAGAGCGACGAUUCCGUAUCAAGAUGCAGGAAAUCUUAGCUAAACUGGGGAAACAACGCACCACCUUCUGCAAGACAACAGAGAACCAAGUCUGCAGGUAUCCCCUUGGAAUGGAAUCUGGCGACAUACCUGAUGACAGCAUCACUGCAUCCUCUUUUUGGAGUGUUGGUCGCGAGCCUUACCGCGCUCGGUUGAACGGAGUUGCUGGUGCGGGCGCUUGGGCAGCCAGAUUCAACACCAUCGGGGAAUGGCUACAGGUGGAUUUAGGUGAAAUGAUGAACGUCACAGGCACCAUCAUCCAGGGUCGCUAUCAUAAUAACGACCAGUGGGUGACCUCCUACAAACUACAGUACAGUGAAGAUGGCCUUAGUUGGAUCACGUGUGCAAGUAGCGAUGGCUAUGAAAAGGUGUUUCCAGGCAAUACCAACAGGAACACCCCUGUAACUAACCUGCUGGACAGUCCCAUUGCUGCCCGGUACGUGCGUUUCCUGCCUCAAUCCUGGCAUGACCAUAUGAGUAUGAGGGUGGAGGUUCUAGGCUGCAGCGUUGACGGUAGGUUUCUCUUGAAAGUUGUUGUAUUGGCACUUGACUCAUUGAGUUGUGAGACUGCCCUCACAGGCUCCCAGUACCGGUACCGCUGGAAACAGCGCCGCCUGGCGGGAUCACGCUUCACGUUUGAAGUGCAGGCCAACAGUGAUGCCCAUGUGGCGCUCUCAUCCCAGAGACAGAAACUGGCUGACAUGUAUGAAAUCGUCAUCGGUGCCUGGGCUAACACAUGGUCUACCAUACGCCGCAGCAUGCAAGGCUACGACUAUGCGAAGACCUGGACACCUGGUAUCAACUCCCCGAGAGAGUACAGAACCUUCUGGAUAACCUGGUCCGCAGAUGGAACCAUUGCUGUUGGAAGGGGUGGAGAAACUCAGCCGUUCAUGCAGUGGAGGGACCCUGACCCUCUACCCAUCGCCUAUGCCGGAUACUCCACUGGGUGGGGAAGUAGUGGACGGUGGAAGUUCUGCCACACCGCUCAGCUUGCAGGAAAUGGUGCUUGCGUGGGAGGGGCUUGA